AAUAAAAUACGCUGGUUACCCUAAAUUAGCUCUCGUGCAUUUGUGGAUCAUAUGUUGGGAGUUACGUUUUGUGCUGGAUCAUGUGUUACGUAAGAUUUGACAACAAGAGCUGUCAAACGCGUUGCUCGAAGAGGAAAACAGUGUGAUAACAGUUUUGCCUGCCCCAAAAUGUUGGUUCGUUCCACAAUCGGGAAAAUUUGCCGAAAUCCUCAAAUUUUCAACAAUGCUUUGCCUUGCAAUGGAAUUCUCAGUAUUCCGAUUUUGCACGCGAAUCCGGUGAGGAAUGGGUCAUUUCGUUCUUCGGAACCCGUUGGAGAUAUCACUCAAUUUCCAGAAGUGGAAGUCGUCAAAAAUGCUCCAGAAUGGAAGUACGUGGAAAGGCUGCUGGCCCCUAGAGUUGUACCGAAGCCGGUUGCCCAGAGCGAAUACCCUUCCGGAUGGAAACCGCCACAGCCCAAGCCAGAUCUCAAAUAUUUUGUUGCCAGAACUAAGAAUCACAUGCUUCCGGUAUAUCUUCACCGAUCGUUCCGUGGCCAGCGGAUCAUUACGGCCAUAAGACGGAUCGAUGGUGACAUUUGGCAACUGGAAGCUGAACUCCGAUAUUUGAUAGAGAAAAGGCUCAACAAACAGAUCGUGACACGGGUCAACGAGAUGAAUGGACAGAUUGAGCUGAAAGGUGAUUUCGUAACGAUUGUGGAAGAAUAUCUUCUGGAGAAAGGUUUGUAGACGGCACGAUUUGUAGUUUAUUAUAACCGUUUUGUUAGUCGCAGUA